AGAUUUUUGGGCCCCAUGAAGGCAUAUUAUAUUGAGCCCCCAAGUUCAGACUACUUUCCAAAUUUUUUAAGCCUCCUGUUAUUCAGGGGCCCUAGGAAUUGUAACGUUCCCGUGUCUUACAGCGUAUGUACUGUAAAUAGAGAAGUGAAAAAAGAGGCGUGUCGAAAGGUUUAUGGGCGUCGACUGCAGCAAGUGCCACCGACAUUAGUUUGCCAACUAGUGAUAAUUACGGAGAAAGACUGUGUAGCCAGGAAGUGCGUGUUACUGGGAACGCAGAACUCCACUCGCAUGGAGCUCCUUCAGGGCCCCAAACCCCGCACUGUGUAUGCUGGAGUUGGUGGCAGACUGUUCUACUUGGACUUCCGGGAAAAUUGCUCCCAGAAUGAGACGCUGGUAUUCAGAAAUAGCUGCUCCAAUUCUUGUUCAAGAAACACAAGCUCGUGUGACUAUGACAUCACUCUGCUUCAUGAGCACAAGAAUGGAAGCGCACUCUUCAUCUGUGGGACCAAUGGGAUUACUCCAGUGUGUUGCAGUGUGUCCAGAGAGACUGGUUUUUGCAACGAAUGUCUCCCGGCAAGAGCAGUGAGCCCGGUUUCUGUACAUGAGCAUGCACCAUCUCUCUAUCUUGGGGAGGAGCUGUACACGACUGCCAACAGGGUCAAAGGGGGCAAUCAUGUGGGCAUCCGCAGGCAUUUUGGGCAUCAAGCCAGCAUAUGGCCAAGUGACAAUGUGACAGAGCAGAAUUAUGUGGCCCUGGUUGCAAGUCCCAGACCUAACAAGAUUCAGGACCGGAUCUACGCCUUCCUGGUCCAGAGGAAUGCAGACCAGCACAGGGAGGCUGAUCUGUGGGUGCCCCUUGUCACCCAAGUAUGCCAGGCAGAUUUGGGCGGGCCCAAAUCAUUUUUUCAGAGGAGCUGGACGUCCCACCUUAGCGCCCUGCUGUCCUGCGGCAUCGCUGAGAAGAAGCUGUACUUCAACCGGCUGCUGGAUGUCGCGGUCCUAGAGCAGGACAACUGGAAAGACAGCAUGGUGUAUGGCCUCUUCUCCAAUGGCUGGGGCACCACAGCGGUAUGCGUCUUCACCAUGGGUGACAUUGACUACGUCUUCACAAAUUCCCCAUUCAAGGGAUACACGGACACUGUUCCACACCCACGGCCCGGAACGUGCGUUGUCGACAGCACGAAACUUCCUCUUGAUGUCCUUAGAUUGGUAAAAGACCAUCCUGAGAUGAAAGACUGGGUCAGGCCAGUGAAUAACAGCGACCCCAUUGUUGUCAGUCAUCAUCAUCAGUACAAAGACAUCCGAGUAGACAGAGUGAACACCAGCCUGGGUGCCUCCUACCACGUGAUACUGCUUACGCUGGGGAGCGGCAGGGUACACAAGGUGCUGGAGCAGGCCGACCACGCCUUCCUUAUUGCUGAACUGCGGCCCUUUGCCAGCCGCUGCCAUAUCCGCAACGUUCUGCUGCAGCCACAUACGAAGAUGCUCUACGUGAGCUCCAGCAGCGAGGUUGUAGAGCUCGACCUGCGCAGCUGCCAGGCCUAUGGACUAUGGUGUGAGGACUGUGUUAUGGCCCGGGACCCCUACUGCGGAUGGAAUGGAACUCACUGUGCACCAGUCACCAGCUCAGCGAUACAGGAUGUGAAACAUGGAAAUCCUCAGCUAUGCACACAACAGUACGUAAUACCCAGCAUUCCUCAGAAAGUUAAACAACACACGUCACACUUUUUGAGAUGUUCCGUGCCGUCCACCCAUGCCACUUACACCUGGUACCACAAUGGAAGCACAGUCAAGAGCCACGUCACGGACGGCCAGUGUCUGCUGCUCAUCGAGGCUAUGGAUCCCAGUAUGGCUGGGACCUACCGCUGCAACGCCUCAGAGACAAGCUACACAAAGGUCGUUGUGGAGUACAAGUUGUCCAUAGAGAGCAAGGUCCAAGGUCUGGCCCCAACAUACCUGCUGCUCUACCUCCUCAGCCUCACUUUGAGCUCCAUGUCCCCACAAGACCUCUAGAUCCUGUCUGUAAUGGGAAGGUUGCCAGGGUAAAUCAUCAUGGUUUGGUCAGUUUGCUGGCAAAAGAUUCUCAAGUAAAGACAAGUCUGCACACACAUAGACACACAUUUACAUACUUGUGAUAGUUUUAUUACCUUGCAAAGAGGCUCUAGGGCAGGGAUGUCAAACUCCAGUCCUGGGGGGCCGGAACCCUGCAGUGGUUUCGGUUUCCCCUCAUUUAACACAGCCUUUGCGCUGAAUCAUUUGUAGUAGAAUAGGGAAAGAAUUAAGGUACACAGGGCUCUGGCCCCCCAGGACUUGAGCUUGACACCCCUGAUCUAGGGUUUGCAAACAGCCCCAGUGCUUUUCAUGUAGCUAAUUUUAGGUUUGUAAUGGAAUAAUAUAGAUUUACCGCAGGAUUGCUUGCAGCCUAAAAGCGUAACUGUCACACCAGAUGACGGCUCCGGCUUCUUCCUCCCUUUUUAAAAGCUACCUACAGGAUAUUUCACAGUCAUUCCACAGUGGUCAGUGAUCAUUAUACGGCACGGUUAUUUUUAUUAUACAAUUACAACUGUGCAAAACAAUGGUACAUGAUAUAGCUUGUUCGUAGUUAAUCUACUAUUUAUUUUAAUUAAUUUUUUACAGCUAUUUUUAUACAUUUGUUAUUGUACGUUUACUUAACUCCUUGCUCUCGUCAUACUCCUUUAUGAAACCAAAACCCCCCCACAGGAUUAAUAAAGUAUUCUGAAUCUGA